UUUAUUUGUUGAUUUAAUUCGGCUUUGUGUACUUUUGUAUCACGAUAAUAUAAAUUUGCCAAUCAAGAGACAUAUUAAAGUGCGUAAUAUCAUUUGGAUCAUUUCAUGUUGAAGCAAGUACUCUAGAGCAACUGAUGGCACUGGAGCCUAAACCUACGCACUUAGACAUUUUCGAAUAUUCAACAAACACUGUGAGUGCUAUGUGGAGUCAUUUUUAGAUGGAUUAUUGAGAAUUUGGCAACAAUAAUGGAUGACGAUGGCGAUGAUAUCUCUGAAAUUCUAGAAAAUGUCGUCAGGGAUUGCAUAUUUAAUGAUGUACGGAUGGAUAAUUAUAACUUGUACACUUUUGAAUUAUCAUCAAGAGAUUCAUCAUCAUUAGAGACCUCGUUAUCACAAGAUUCACCAUUCGAAUCACUUUCAUCACAAGAUUUACAAUCACCAGAGCUGCUUUUAUCACAAGAUUCACUUCCACCAGAGCCAGUUUUACCUCAAGAUUUAUCAUCAACAGAAGAUUCAUUUAAAUCAGAAUCAUGCUCAUUGAAGUCCGAUGAUUCAUCGACAGAUGAAGAACCAGAAAGUUCACAUGAAGAAGAAUCAGACUCUUAUUUAUCACUAUCAAGCUCUUCUUCAUCAGAAAGAGAUUCAUUCUUUGAUUCAGAUCCAUCAACUGAAGAUUUUUCAGAUAUAUUUACUUCAGAUUCAGACUCAUCUUCAUCUUCAUUCGGUCCAUUUGAUACAGACUAUUCAUCAUCAUCAUCAUCUUCAUCAUCUUCAUCAUCUUUAACUCAACCGGAAUCCGCUUAUUUUGAUGAUGAAUCUGAUGAAUGGUCAUCAUGGAGUUCAUCUUGGGAUGGUAAUGAAGAUGAUUCGUUACAAAGGAUAGAUGAACCUAAUCAUGAUGUUAACUUUAAUGUCAGGAUCAAUCUGAGAGUAAACAAUUGAUCUAAUUAUUAAUAAAUAUUCUAAAUUAUUUUUUUUUAUUUUAUUAUAAUUUUUACAAUUACUUUCUCAACAUUCUUCGAAUGAUUUAUUUAUUUUUAUU